GGCUGCGCAGCGCACUGCGAGCCGAUAGCAAUGCGGACGAAGAAAGGCAAAAACGGUUGGGAUUCGUUUUGUUUUUUGUGUUUUGUGAGUUAAUUGCGCGUUUUGACACUACAAGACGAAACUUCUGAAAUAAUCCGCGGUCUGAAUCUCCAGACAGGGGGCUUAAAACGGUUUGAAUGCUGCUCCGGGGCGGAAAUUUUCCUCAUAAACCCAUACCAACCCACAUCCGUAUUUUCUCGGCGUUGGACUAUUCUACUCCAAGGAUGAUUGCUUGAUAUUUGUGUACUAAAGCGUCCAGAGGUAUUUUGCCACGGAUCUAGCCGUUUUAUACUCACUAUGGGGGACUCGCCUACCAUGAGGAAGACGUUUGUGGUCCCAGACAUAAAGCCAUUGGAUUUGUAUGACUGUUCUAAAGCUAAAAUAUGCGCAAGUGUCGGAUGGCUUCUGGCGAAGUCGUACGGCAGUGCAGAGAAUGUCCCGGUGGAGCUUCGUGACCCCUUCUACUGUGACCAGUAUGAACAGGAGCACCUUAAACCACCAGUCACACGCCUCCUCCAGUCCUCUGAGCUCUACUGUCGCACCUAUGGCCUGAUCAUGGGGGCGAACCAGGCCGACUCACAGCCAAAAGACAAUGUGGCCCUGUUUCAGCUUUGUGCUCAGAAAGGAAUCACCUGCAAAGACAAAGAUGUUCCAGUAACUGACAUGGACCUGCGGCAAAAACCUAUCAAAAUGAGUGCGCACCUUGCAUUGAUAGAUGCCCUGAUGGCCAUGGCAGCCAUGGAGACACUAGCAGCAGUGAAGCGGUGUGAUACUGUGGAGUUGCAAAGCAGUUGGGAGGACACUGUACUUCAGUGGGUGAACAAGUUAAAUCAGAAACUCAGAGAACGCACAGACGAUGACGAAAGUGACACAUCUCAAUCCUUCACAGAACCUCAACCUGUCCAGCCUUCUCUUCGCUACAGGAAAGAUAAAGUCCAGUCCAGACAGAAGCCUGUGUUCCCAGUGGUUAAUGACGUCAGAGACUUGUCCAGUGGCUGUGCCAUUGUUGCUGUUAUUCAUUACUAUUGUCCCGACCUGUUAAGACUUGAAGAUGUAUGUAUGAAAGAGUCUAUGUCUGUAGCAGACAGUGUAUACAACCUGCAGUUCAUCCUAGAGUUUUGUGACAGUUGUCUGAAGAGCUGCUGCCACUUGACACUGGAGGACAUGUUGUACAUGCCCCAAGAACUACAGGUAAAUGUGCUAAGUUUCUUAGUAGAGCUGCUAAACUGGUUUGAAGUACAGAGACCUGACUUUGUUCAGCCAGUUGACACAUCAGAUGGCACCCCAGUAAAGUCAAAUAGCACUAUCAGUACUUCCCCUUCUAUUUUUAAGAAGCCCUUCCUUCCUAUAUCCACAUCUGCGACAGGAUCUUUGUCUCAGUCUACCUCAAUGUCUCAUAUAGAAGGAGUGGGAAAAACGUGGAGCAAGAAAUCUCUCAGCCAACCACUGUCAGCAGUGUCCUUUAGCAUUCCCUUUGGCCUGGACAGUGAUGUAGACAUUGUGAUGGGAAAUCCAGUAAUAACACGCUCUGUGAGUUCAGACCAGCUAAAUCCAGGAGUCCAGGCAAGAGUACCCUACACUCCUCCCGAAGACGUCAGCCAUGUGGUCAACAAACCUGGGGGGCAUAAUGGACCUCAGAGGGCAUCAUGGGGCACCCAGUCUAUACAUAUUCCUAAAGUGGCAGAGGAGAAUGGCCUUGAUGUCAGUGAAGCAGGUGAGCUGCCCACAAUCGAGGAGGCUCUUCAAAUCAUCCACAACGAGAGCAAAAUGGAGCAGCGACUCCACCCUGAUGGUGCCCCGGAUGGCUUCUACCUCCACUCCCCUGAUGAUCCUGCCAGCUCUCGAUACACCAACAGCUUGUCCUCUGUCAGCUCUUCUGCUCCUUCACGCUCAGGAAUGAUGUUCAGGCCCACUGGGCCCAAAGAUCCCAAACGCACGAGAAACGCCUCUGAAUGUUCACGAGAUGAUGACUCUGUUUUAAGAGAUGGUAGUGUUGACUCUGAUGCCUCAGAGGACCUGCCUAAGACCCAGUCCACUCCAGCCACACCAGCCAACUCUGUUAGAAGCAAAGAAGCACCCGACAGUGGUGUUAAAAUGACCAGCUUUGCAGAACGCAAGAAAAAACAGUUAUUAGAUUCUCCCAAGUCUAGUGAACCAUCAUCUCCUCAGAUGACUUCAUGGACACAAAAAUCUGAAGAAAGUCCAAGCAAAAGCCCACAGCUAAAUAAUGAGAUGUCGGAGCUCGGUGUUCGACUUGAGGAAAAACGCAAAGCCAUUGAAGCUCAAAAGAAACGUAUAGAGGCCAUUUUUGCAAAGCACCGGCAAAGAUUAGGUAAAAGUGCCUUUUUACAACUGAAGAAGGAGCAGGAAGAUGAUGGUACAGGUGAAGAAGAAAGUGGUCAAGUAACCGCUUCAUCUACAGAGGAUGAUCUUUCACAUAUGGAGGACGGACUGAAUAACAUGGAUGUUGAUGAUCCAGGUGUGCAGCUCCCAUCAGCAUCAGGACAAGUUAAUGCACAAGGAGGACAAGCACUUAACAGACAAGUCCUUCUGUCCAAAGAAAAGCCAAGCACCCCUGAGAAUUCUUUCGGACAAUCUAAUGAAAAAAUGGCAGCUCCUCUUGGAGACUAUAACAAUGCUGUUUCCAAGCUGACGGCAGCACUAAGCUCUUUACAAAGUGAUAUGCAGCGACUGACUGAACAACAAAACCAAUUUAUGAAACCUGCCUCACCGAGUAACAAGUCAUGGACAAUACCUGCUAGCCCUAAAACCUCUACCCCAGCACCUCCCUCCUCUCGUCUCUCCAGAGAGUCUACUCGAGAGUUCAGUUCAUCUCCCAGCGCUCCAUCUCCAUCACGUAGAAUCAUAAAUCACAACACCCCCCCAAAAUCUCCUAAAAUGGUACAACGGAGAGCUCAGUCCGUGCCCCCCAAGAGUCCCAAACACAACCAAUAUAAUCGCCAGCCGGAUAUAAAGGUCCCAACAAUGUCACGAGUUCUUAAUCCACCCCAGAAUGUAGACCGCAUCCCUCAUCUUCGUCGGGUCAACCCUUCACAAACUCAGGUCCAGACUUCUUCCUCAUUUUCCAUUGGUGACGCAGAAAAUCUUGAUGAUUUGCGCUCAUUUGGUCCAACCCCUGUGGCCACACCAGCUCUGUCCCCAUCAUCCAGCCCAGCUCCACAACUCACGACAGAAGACGUCCUGUCCGAAGUGGGGUCCGCAGACGAUCAGAGUAUUUUUAGUAUGGACUUUGAGGCAAGACCCUCCUCUUUGCCUAAAAAGGACAGGUUAACUGGUGGUGGCUGCAGCUCAGGAGCUCCUUCAGAGUGCUCCUUUGAGAGUGAUGCACCUGCAACAGGACUGAAUGGAAAACGUGGUAGCCUGAUUGAGAUCUCCCUUUCGGCUUUGAGAGGAGAUGGAGAGGAGGAGGAAACAGGAGCUGAUGGUUUAUCUGAUUCAGUAAGUGAGCGGGCCGAGUCUGAGCUCAGAGGAGGCGUGGGAUUCUUUUUCAAGGAUGAUAAAGAGCGAACAGAAGAUGAAAUGGCUCAACGUAAAGCUGCACUUCUUGAAAAACAACAGAAAAGAGCUGAAGAGAUGAAACGGCGCAAACUGGAGCAGGAAAAGGAAAAAGAGUCCAACAAGCCACAGUGGAUGAUCAUUGAGGGUUGGGGAAACAAACCUGAUGAGCAGCCCCAGACUCCUGGCACACCCACCACUCCACGCACCCCGCCGGCAGAGGGCACUCCACAGCGCAGAGGGGACUUCACCAGGCAGGAGUAUGAGAGGCGACACCAGCUGAAGAUCAUGGAAGACCUGGGCAAAGUGCUCAAGCAGAAACCCACCACUGUCCGCGGAGUCAAGAAACAGAGACCCAAAACUGUCUUCAGGGAUGACUCUGUGCUGUCAAACAGCCCUGCUAAAGGCUUGAUGGGCAACAAACUGAGCAAAGUAUACUCUCACUCCAGCAUGAACUUGUCUUCAAUGGCGAAUGACACAGGAGGGCUUUCUGUCAGAAAGUCUCCCAGCCGCUCUCACUCUCCUGCACGUCACCGGUCACCGGGACGACGAGGGUCCCAGAAUGACUGGGAAAAUGGCUCCACUAUUUCAUCACCUGCUUCAAUACCAGAAUAUACAGGACCAAAGCUGUACAAAGAACCAAGCUUUAAGUCCAACAAGUUUAUAAUCCAUAAUGCAAUCACUCGCUGUUGCCUGGCUGGGAAGGUCAAUGAACCACAGAAAAACAAGAUUGUGGAGGAAAUGGAAAAGAGCACAGCCAACCACUUCCUCAUACUAUUCAGAGACUCCAGCUGCCAGUUCAGAGCCAUUUACACCAUGAACCCAGAGACUGAGGAGAUGGAGCGACUCACUGGCAUAGGACCUCGAAUCAUUACUCCUGAAAUGGUUGAGUCUAUUUACAAAUACAGCUCUGAUCGCAAACAAUUCACUGUCAUACCGUCCAAAACUAUGUCUAUGAGUGUGGAUGCCAUCACCAUACCCGGCCACUUUUGGCAAAAACGACCAGGGACUCCGAAGAAGCUUGGGACCCCAAAAUGAAGCCUACUUAAGAUAAUCUGUCCUUAUUCAGGACCAUUCAUCAAGUGUAUGGCCAGUGUGGCACUUGUGGUACCUCCUUAAAGAAGCUGCUGACUGUGUAAUUUUAAACGGCUUUCAGUGUGAGACUUAUUUGGUAAGAUGCAAAGAGACAAGGCCAAACACUAUAGUUAUAAUAGUUGGACUUUUAAAAGCUUAUGAUUGGAGCCUCUGAAGGUCAUUAUUGAUUGUAAAAUGUAAAAAAAAAAAGAAAAGAAAAAAAAAAGAUUUGCCUGAAAGAAGUUUUCCAUUGUAAUCAUUACUCUGACUCAUAGAUGAUACUAGAAGAGGUACCUGACUGCCUUUGCCCACAAAUUUUGGGAAUAGAAAGGUGAUCUCUUGAGUUUUGCUGGCUCUCUUCUUGCUGCCUUUACCUCUUCCAGGGCUCAUAGCUAAUGUGUCUCAGCUGAAAAGACAGUGCUGUUUGUAUGUGGGUUUGUGAAUGUAAGGUCCACAGUGACCGCUCUGUUUGGUGAAGGGCCAGGAGCUGUAUUAGGGCUGCACUAUGCUGCUGCUCUCGUCAGUAGACAUAACUGCCCAUGCUUCAGCUUCAGCAAAUUUUGCUUGACAAUUCAUAGUAUGUUUGAAACUGAGUGAAGAAUGGCAUAAAUGAAUGAAUGAAUUCAUCCUACAUUGUGAUUACAAUGCUAAAAUGUAAUCCUAAUCUUAUUUUAAAACAAAACUAAAAGAUGAAGGAAUUGAAUGCAUUUUUCCUCACAUUAAUUUGUAUGACCUUAUAAGUUGAUUUUUGUAAGCUACCAGUAAGCUAUAGCUGCUUGAAGCAUUGCAAGGUGUAUGAUUUAAGAAUGAAUGAGUAAGACUGGUUGUUAAAUCUUUGAAAGCUUUUGUUUAGGGAUCAAUAAAUCCUUGAGGUCACUUGUCUGGUCCCUAUUUCUAUUUUGUUGAAGCAAGCUCGAAGGAUCCUUGUAAGCAGCCCCUCUUGUUUUCCAGACCCACUUAAUGUAAUUAAUUCCUUCUCAUUGGGCCAGUAUGUCCACACAGUAAUGAGCUCAACAGGAUUCUGCAGAGGCUGGUGGUUAGUGCCAUAUCACUACAUAUUACCAGAAGGACACUGGGCCACUCCUUUCUUCAGUCUUAAGCACUACAGUAGCAGCUUUGGUGGCACUGCCUUUUCCUCAAAUAGUGUAGAUAAUAAUUACAAAGUAGCAUUUAUGAAUGAUGGUGAAAUAAUCUAAAAGAGUGAGUGGAUAAUUAUUGUAUGAUUUUUUAUUUUAUUAUUUAUAUAUUUGUUCCCACACAGGUAUUUAUAUUUAUUUAGUCUUAGCCUUAGAAAGUGAAUUUAAUGUUAAGUUCUGAUUCAUUUCUGCUUUGGUUAAGGUUUUGUUAUGUCAUUCAUUUCAUGUCAGCCAUUCAUGUCAUUGUUCCUUAGUUUUUGUUCUAAGAUUGAGCUUUGCAAUCAUGUGUAUUCAUUUCAUAAAGUGUCAUUGAUAACUGGAACAGAAA